AUGUCUUUCUAUUGUGUGGCAUUGUUGGAACGAGGAGCACAAGAGCCUUGUGGCAAACAUAUUACCUCGCUACUCACGUUGCUUAUUUGCCAAUCGCACACAUUGGCGGGGUUUCUGCACGGUCCAUCGUUUGGGACACCCGCUGUCUACAGUGCCGACUCCUAUGCAGCGCUGCCUGCCCUGACGUAUGCUGCUCCACCACCACCACCACCACAAGCAGCUGCUAUCUUUAAGUAUGCUACUGCCUAUGCUGCUCCACAGCCAGUUAUUAAGUAUUCGCUUGGUGCGCCCGUAACGACCACAACCACAACGUAUUCGAGUUUUGCGGCACCCGCACCCGCACCCGCGACCUUUGCUGCUGCACCGCCGCCAGUCUUCGCCAAAUUCGCACCACCCACAUAUCACGCCGCUCUGCCGCCCAACGUUUAUGCGGCGCCACAUUCGUACGGAAAAUUCUCGUUCCACACGGCGUCUCCAGGAGCUUUCGCAACCUACGCAGCUCCAGCCCCCAUUCCAGGUUCGAUUCCGCUGCCUUAUGCGGCUGGGUGGUGA